AUGAUCCCUACUACUGCCACCCUCAGGACAACUUGGCCAACUACUGUCUCCGCUCUCAGGGACCUGCUUGAGAUUGAUGGCGGAGGUCAGAUCGUCUGCCAUGGUCAAUCUCUAAGUAAGAAGAGACGCUGCGGACAAAUCAUCAGCAAAAGAAAUAUCCAGCUUAUCAGUUCUCUGUUAAAUGAUGUCCUUGAACAUGAGAGCUUCUCUGUUUCUGAGUCUAUACUUGACCGAUUGGCUCAUUUGAUCAUGUGUCAAAGAAAUCACCAAGGCCAAGCACCUCGACGACUAUCAUCUUGGGAGAAAAUCCUUAAGCCUCUUGAAACAGUGGUUGUCAAGAAGGAAGAAGAUGACAUACACACCAUUGACGAAGCGGACAUCAAAGAGCCCCCCAAAACCGAGACUGUGGCAGUCAAGCAUGAAGUUAACCCCAAGAAUGAUGAAUCUGCCACGAAAACGGCACAUCGACGUAUAUCUCAAUCGAUACCAUCCACUCCAGCCAAGACUUCCAUCCUUUCUACUCCUCCCACUCCACACAAGAACUCAGCAGCCAAAGCGUCCUAUUUCAAACAUGAAUUCGAAGACUUUGGAGAUCCUUGGACCAUCACCGAGAUAAAUAAGCACAUGAAAAACGCCAUCCUUCGUCCCCUCCUAGACAGUGAAAAGCCGUCCGAUGGCUACAUCUACGCUUACACGUUCCCCGAGACAUACCGCGAUCCUGACCCUUAUAUCAAGAUUGGAUACGCCCAGAAUGUUGACCAACGCAUGAAGAAGUGGAAAGCAAAGUGUGGAUAUGAACCCAAAAUCAUUGUCCAGUUCACAGCUGAGCACUACGUCAAGGUUGAGAAGCUUGUACACUGUCAACUACGGAACCAGAGGAAGCGAGAGAAAGGCUGUCCGACUUGCCGUGUUUCGCACCACGAGUGGUUCAAGGUCCAUUCUAUGACAGCGUCUAGUAACAUCAUGAUGUGGACAAGCUGGAUGAGACAGAUGCCAUACGAUGAUGAAGGACAGCUUCAAUUGAAAUGGCGCAAAAGGCUCGAGAGUCUCGAUAUGACUGACCCGAAUUGCUGGAAGUUGUUCGCUACAGGGGUCUUCGAUGAAGAUACAGACGACUCGGAGCUCUUUGAAGAAGGAGACAGUUUCUCUUGGUCGAGUGAUGAUCAGUCCGAGUUUUCAGGAGAUGACAGUUUGGAAGAUCCAGACGUUUACGAGUCUGAACCUUGCCUCAUUAAGGAUAAGAAGUCUUUGGGCGGGAAUGGGGAAUCGUGA